AUGUUAAUACCUGGAGCCGGCCCCGCUCUCUGCCACACUGCAGCCAUCUCCUGUAACCGCUCGCUCAACAAGAUGAAGGGACUUCUCACUGGGCUGCUCCUUUCCGCCUUGAUCCUAGUUCAGGUUAACGCGGUGCCUAAUCUUAAAGCAAAGCCUCCGGCAGGUCUUUGUCGAACUAAACCAACGGAUCUGGUCUUCAUCAUUGACAGCUCGCGGAGCGUCCGCCCGAAAGAAUUUGAACAGGUGAAAGUGUUUGUAUCCAAGGUGAUUGAAUCCCUUGACAUUGGCCCAAAUGCCACCCGGGUUGGACUGGUCAACUAUGCCAGUACGGUCAAGAACGAAUUCAGCCUCAAAACACAUCGCACCAAAGCCAGCCUCCUGCGAGCUGUUUCCCAGAUCGAGCCCCUUUCUUCGGGCACCAUGACCGGCUUAGCCAUCCUAUUUGCUACCAAUGUUGCUUUCAGUGAGACUAACGGGGCACGGGUGAAACUCAAUGAUGCCAGCAAGGUUGCCAUCAUCGUGACCGACGGUCGCCCCCAGGACCGAGUGCAAGACGCUGCCAACCACGCCAAGCAGAAAGGCAUUGAGAUCUUUGCGAUUGGUGUGGGCAAGGCAGAGAUGAACUCCCUGCGUGAGAUUGCCAGUGAACCCCUGGAAGACCAUUUGGACUACGUGGAAAGCUACAGUGCCAUAGAAAAACUUUCCAAAAAGUUUCAGGAAGCUCUUUGUGUUGCGGAUCUGUGUGCAAGUGGGGAUCAUGACUGUGAACAGAUCUGCAUCAGUACUCCUGGCUCUUACAAGUGUGCCUGCAAAGAAGGGUUAACGUUAAACCCAGAUGAAAGAACAUGUGGAACUUGCAGUUCAGGAGCUGUCGAUUUGGGCUUCGUUAUCGACGGAUCAAAGAGUGUGAGGCCCGAAAACUUUGAGCUGGUCAAAAAAUUCAUCAAUCAGAUCAUCGAUUCCCUCGACAUUGGCGAUCAGCAGGCCCGGGUUGCUCUUGUUCAGUACUCGAGCUCGGUCAGGACAGAAUUCCCCCUCAACAAGUUCAAAACGAAGCAAAGCAUCAAGUCGGCGGUCAAGAACAUGGAGUACAUGGAGAGAGGAACAAUGACAGGCCUGGCUCUGCAACAUCUGUCUGAAAAGAUCUUCGUCCCGUCACAAGGAGCACGAGAGAGCAUCCCAAAAGUCGGCAUUGUCUUUACUGAUGGGCGCUCACAGGAUUAUAUUAAUGAUUAUGCCCAAAAGAUCAAAGAUAAAGGGGUUAAAAUGUUUGCGAUUGGAGUGGGGAAUGCCCUGGAAGAAGAAUUAAGGAUGAUUGCUUCAGAUCCAGUCAAAGAUCAUUACUAUUAUACUGCAGAUUUCAAAGCAAUGAAUCAAAUCGCAGACAAAUUACAGGUUAAAAUAUGUGUUGAACCUAAAGACCCAUGUGCCUGCGAGUCACUCGUGGAGUUCCAGACAAAGGUGGAGAAAAUAAUUAAAACACUGACGUCCAAACUAGGUGCCUUCGGGAAAAAACUGGCAGCUCUUGAGAACAGACUUCUUCUCAAAUAGACACUGCUGCACUUUUCCUGACAACUGUUGACACCAUCAAGUAUACUGAAAACAUGCUUAUUUAAUAUACAGGGGCAUCUGAAUUACUAAACAAAAAUGCUUUUAUUUUAAAAUGUCUAGACUAGUUACCUUCUCCAUAUUAAGAAACCCUCUAACAAUGUUUCCCAACCUGGGGUCCACGGACUGCUGGCUUAAUGGUAUUGGUCCAUGGCAUAAGAAGGGUUGGGAACCCCUGCCCAAUAACAAGAAGUGCAGUCACUUUCAUUUGGACAAUGCACUAUGAAAUAAGCUGGAAACACUGACGCUUCUGGUGAAAUAUUUUGUAUAUUAAUGGAGAAAUAUGCUAAAUAUAAAACUAAGUCAAAAUUUGAUUUGUAUUUAUAUGGUAAUUUACUUGUUUGAUACUAAAAUUGGCAGAUCACUCAACCAUUUUUACCCCAAGCUCAUGUAUUUUGUCCACUGGCUAAAUUAAAAGUCUCAUUAAAAAGAGCAUAUGUUCUGAAAAUAGUCUGAUACACAGGAACAAACUUCCACUGUGUUCCGUUCUAAUGUGAGGCGAGCAGUUAAGACGUGCCAUAUUUAUAAUUUUUUGGACAAACCCAAGGGAUGAAAGUUUUUAAAAUUUGUGUGCGGCCAAAAAAGCAGAACACGAGUGUUUCACCUGCCUAUUGCACUCCUCUCCUGAUUGGCUGUCGAAGGGGAGCGUAACAAGUGAACAAUAAUAUACCAUCUUCUUCAUGCUCGUGACCAGAGAUCUGUUUCGAACUCAAAAUGUCUUAUGUGUGCCUUUUAAAAAAAUUCAGAUAUUUAUAUAUUUAAGAAGAAAAGGUAUCAUGGAAUCUUCAGUUUUGUUAAGAUGUUCUGUUUUGUCACUUUGGUAAAAUUGUAUUGUGUCAGGAAAUCACAGGAAAAUAAA